AUGGCGUCGUACGAAAAUGUGAUUCAGUUGUUUAAUGUGGAAAAGUUAAAAGACCAGCAGAAAGGGAUCCUAUAUUCCAUUCUAAGAAAGCGGCACACGGUUGCUGUUCUGCCUACUGGGUAUGGGAAGUCUCUACCAUACCAGAGGUUCAUUCCUAUUAUGAGAGAGAGACUUGGUGAAAACGAAGAGACACCCAAGGUGAUUGUUUGUUGUCCUCUUGUGGCUUUGAUGGAGGACCAAGUCAAUCGUGUGAAGGGAGUAGCAGGCCUCAGAGUAAUUCUACAGAGGGGGAUGAGAAAAUCAAAGCUAGGGACGUUGACAUCAUUUUUGCCUCACCUGAAGCCCUUGUUGGAGACCCUCAGUGGCAAUUUUCAUAUACAGAAGUUGAAUGUUGGUUUGCUGGUUAUAGAUGAGUUUCAUACAAUAGCUACGUGGGUUGGAGAUGAAACCGAUGAAGAGGAAGGUGUUUUUAGAAAAUGGUUUCGUCAUAUUGGAGAAUUUCGGUCAUUGCAUCCAUCUGCCACCAUAUUAGCAUUGAGUGAAACAUGUACAUAA